GACUCCGGGACAAUUUUUUUUUUGGACUUUCGUUUUUUUUCUUCUUCUUCUUCUUCUCUUGUCCCGCCAUUCGCUCCGCAGACGAACAAGCUAACGCUAAGUUGACGUCUGCCGCGGUUACAAUACCAAACGACAGAUUGUUAGGCCGACGUUCUAGCGAGCAGCGAGUUGACGUCUGGUGCAGUGUAGUGCAGUGCAGUGCCGAACGACGGAUUGUUGGUGAUACAGUGCUUUUCUCGACAACUGGAGUUGACUAACUGAAUACUGGAUUCUUCUGGAAACAACACAAGACGUGCAUCUAUAUAUAUAGGCAUAAUUAACGUUUAUUCAAGUCAGUUCGGUUAUUGCUCGAAGCUGUAUGGAUGUAGCGGUGGCGUGUAACCUUUUUAAUUAACUUUGCCCCUCCAAGAAAAACAAAUUUCUUUGGUUUUUCGUUUUAUCAAAAGCUGCAAUGUGGUUCGUGAGCUGCAGCUUUGUUGUUCUCAGCGUGGUGUUCCAGUGCAAAGCACAAGGUUGUUUCCCCUGUGCCGGCGACGACGGUCAGUUUCAGUGUAAGAACUGUCGGUGUAUUCUCGAUACCUACCUCUGUGAUCACAACAAUGACUGCGGGGAUAACUCCGAUGAAAUGGCUAACUGCACUUAUGCAGCUUGUUCCGGGUUUGAGUUCACAUGUCAUAACAAGCGUUGUUUGUCUCAGAAGUGGGUGUGUGACGGGUCGGAUGAUUGCGGUGACAAUUCUGAUGAAGAGAAAUGUGAUAACUAUUCGUGCUACCCUCAGGAGUUUGCAUGUCCGACUAGUGGUCGCUGUAUCCCGCUGACCAGAGUGUGUGACGGGAAACCCGGGGACUGCACCAACGAGGAAGAUGAAGGGAGAACAUGCAGUUCGAGUCGCUGCAGGGAGCUGUCAUGUGACCAUGCGUGCCAGCCAACCCAGAACGGAGGCGUUUGUUACUGCAACACUGGCUUCAUGCUAGAUCCCAAGGAUAACCGGACAUGUAUAGAUUUCAAUGAGUGUGAACACUGGGGAUUUUGUGAUCACACGUGCGUCAACUCUGAGGGGUCGUAUCAGUGUUCGUGUUUUGACGGUUACACGCUGGUCGGAAACCGAACAUGUCGUGCCUCGGACAGUGACUCGAUGAAACUGAUAUUCUCCACGGGUUCUAAAGUAAUCAGCGUUAACCGUAAUGGCUCCAAUCCCAGCACAAUUCUCAACGUUUCUGUGGCCGAUAUCGACAUGAACAUUAAAACAAAGAUGUUAUUUUUUAUUAAUUCCAAAGAUAACAAGAUAUAUAAAAGCAAUUUAGCAGACACAUCCGUACAGACGCUGCUGCCUGUGAAAGGAAUGGCCCAGCCCCACAGCUUGGCGUAUGACUGGAUCGGCAACAACUUGUACAUCCUCGACAAGGACUCGAUCCGAAUCGACCUCCUCUCGCUGGACAGCGGCCUGCAGCGCAACAUCAUCUCCAACGAGAUCAAGUCUCCGUCAUCGGUCACCAUUGACGCGUCCGUCGGAUUCCUGUUUUAUGCAGACAUGGGCAGCAAGCUGAGACGGAAUUCUGCGCGGAUCGUGCGCGUAUUCAUGGACGGGAGUCACAGAGUGAAUUUGAAGCUGUCUAAGAUCCUGGCCCCGACCAGCUUGUCUGUUGAUACCACCACAAAGAGACUGUUCUGGAUAGACUCGCACCUCGAUCACCUCGAAACUGUUGACUACUUUGGAUUGAACAGACGUAUUGUAGUGUCGGGUGGUAUGAAUAUUCCGUCGGGAGUUAGUCUCACCGUGUUCGAGGACCAGGUCUACUGGGCGGACGUCACUAAAAUGGGUCUCCUGUCAGCCAACAAGUUCAAGAAACCGGUCACGGUUCGGCAGAUCUACCACGAAGCGUCGAGCAAGCCAACCAGCGUCCGUGUUUUUCAUCCAUCCGUCCAGACGUCCGGCACUAGAAAAAGCAACCCUUGUGAGAAGAGUCUGUGUCAGCACAUCUGCGUGGUGACCCACACCACAGACAACAGCGGGCUGGGUUACCGGUGCGUGUGCGGAGCGGGCUUUACACUCGAGAAGGACCAGGUCAACUGUACAAAAAUCAACCAUUUCAUCCUGUUUGCGUCGAUGCAGUCGGUUCGAGGCAUCGCGUUGGAGGAAUCCCCAUCUUACGAUGUUGACUGCAUUCCUCCGAUCAUUGGCCACCGUCGCGGUCGAAUGGGCAUGAACUAUGUUGCAGUGGAUUACGAUGCCGAGAAUGAGACUGUUUAUUUCUCCGAUGUCAGAAACCGAGUGAUUUAUCAGGCAAAGAUUGGAGAUUCAGAGCCGACCCCGCUGGUAGUGAACAGUAUCCGGUCUGUGGAGGGGAUGUCGAUCGACUGGAUCAGCAAGAAUCUCUACUUCACUGACUAUGCACGCAGCUCUCUGUCUGUGGUCCGACUGAGGAACCCGGGGGAUCGCCGUGACAUCAUCUCCGAACUGGGGAAUCCCAGAUCAGUCGUCGUACAUCCACUUAAAGGCUAUUUGUUCUUCUCUGAUUGGCUGCGGAACUCCAUGCAGUCUGCGUACAUCGCACGUGCCUACACCGACGGCACCAACGUCACGAGAAUCCGCGGACAUCAGCUUGGCUGGCCCAAUGGUUUGUGCAUCGACUUCGGCAGUAGCCGCCUCUACUGGGUGGAUGCAUACUUUGACAGAAUCCAGCAUUCGAACUUCGAAGGAAACGAUCUGCAAACUCUGUCUGGACAUUCUAUCACUCACCCGUUUGGCAUCGCUAUUUAUAAAGACUAUAUUUUCUACACUGACUGGCGCCUGGAGUCGAUUAUCCGAAUCAACAAACGUGGUGGCCAGGAGACGAGGAUUCGGUCGGGGAUCGGCAAACUGAUGGGAAUCCGCGUGUAUGACCAUGACCUGCAGCCAGCCUCUUCAAAGAAUCCCUGUGUUAGACGAAAUGGAGACUGCUCACACUUCUGUUUCCCGAUUCCUGUCGCCAGCACUUCGAACCAGCUCGGCCGCCACUGUGGCUGUCCGUACGGAAUGAAGUUGUCUCAGAACCAGAGAUCGUGUGAACCGAACGCAGACGAACCGAACCCAGACGUGUGCCGACCAGGACUGUUCAAGUGCGACAAUGGACGAUGUAUUCCGCGCUCGUACCGCUGUGAUCGCGAUAAUGACUGUUUGGAUAACUCAGAUGAGAGCGACUGCCCUGCAGAUUCUACGUGUCCGUCCAAUCGCUUCAAGUGUACAAAUGGCCGCUGCAUAAGUCGAGUUUGGGUCUGCGACGGAGAUAAUGACUGUGGUGAUAUGUCGGAUGAAAAAGAGUGCACUGACAAGACGUGUAGUCCUGUAGAGUUCCGCUGUAACAACUCGCUGUGUAUCGACGUCCAGCUGCAGUGUGACACGGACAAUGACUGUGGAGACGGGUCCGACGAGGGAGACGUCUGUGUGGAACAUACGUGUCCUGCUGGAUUUUAUCAGUGUGGUGACGGCAGAUGCAUCCCAGAGAGACGUGUAUGCAAUGGAGAAAAUGACUGCUUUGACGGCACCGAUGAGCAGAGUUGUCCCCCCUUGAACUGCACCGGCUCCCAGUGGACGUGUCGGAAUGUCCGUCAGUGUAUUUUGGAGAAGUACCACUGUGAUGGUGUCAUAGACUGUACUGAUGCUAGUGAUGAAAAGGAGUGUCCGGUCAGACCUCCGGGAGGCUGUCUGGUGGAAGAGUACAAGUGUUCGAGUGGGGGGUGUAUUCCCAACAAGUGGAGGUGUGACGGACAGAAGGACUGUGAAGACGGAUCAGAUGAACCAUCCACAUGUCCGACUCCCACGUGUUUCAGUGACCGGUUCCGCUGUGACAACGGCCGCUGCAUCUUCAAGGGUUGGGUCUGUGAUGGGGACGAUGACUGCGGGGACAACUCGGACGAGGCUCAGAGUCUUACAUGUCCUCCGCCCCCUUUUUCCUGUCCCGGCCAGUGGGAGUGUCCAGGGAGUGUCCGGAUGUGUGUCAAUAUUUCACAGGUCUGUGAUGGACAUAUUGAUUGCCCAGGUGGACAUGACGAAAGUCCAGUUUGCAAUACUGAGAGUUGUCGUGUAGAAAAUGGCGGCUGUAGCAAUCGUUGUAUUCAGACGCCACGCGGUGCGGAAUGUAUCUGUUCCGCCGGCCAGAAACUGAAUGGAACUAAGCUUUGUGUAGAUAAUAAUGAGUGCCUGGUGCCUGGUGCCUGCAGUCAACACUGUACGAACACAAAGGGGUCAUUCAAGUGUCAGUGUGAUGUGUACUUCACUCUGAGGUCCGAUAGGAAACACUGCAGUGCUGUUAGAAAUAGCUCUGAAAUAUUUUUAAUGGUUGCGACACGAAGAUCGGUUGUGAGAUCAAAGCUUUCAUCAAAGCUCUACCGCGACCUGCCGAUUCCAAAUCUACGAGCGUUGUCGGGUAUCGAUGUCAACACGUGGGCUGGGCACAUAUAUUUCUCCGAUACUGGGAACAAGAAGAUCUACAGGUCUACAUACAAUGGAACAAACGUCACAGAGAUAAUUAAGACUGGUAUUGACAUAGUGGAAGAUAUCGCGGUUGACUGGAUAGGUCAUAACCUGUACUGGACUGACUAUCGGAUGGAGACCGUGGAGGUGGCGAAUCUGGAUGGGAGAAAUCGCAUCGUGCUCUUCAGUGAAAACCUCACCAAUCCACGUGGCAUCAUCCUCGAUCCCAGAGACGGCUUCAGAUUUCUGUUUUGGUCGGACUGGGGCCAGAAGCCUAAGAUAGAGAGAUCCGGACUGGAUGGCAGCGGCCGGAUGACCAUCAUCAAUGAUCGUAUAUUCUGGCCAAACGGUCUGGCUAUUGACCUGCCGAACAAACGCAUCUACUUCGCUGAUGCUCGGAUGGAUUUCAUAGACUUCUGUAACUAUGACGGGAGUGGGAGACACACAGUUUUCUCAAACAAUCAUUUUUUACGACACCCCCAUGCGCUGGUAGUGUUUGAGGAUAAUGUUUAUUGGACGGACCGAGCAGCGAAUCGCGUGUCUCGUUGUAACAAGUUCAACUGCUCGGGCCGGUCAGUCGUGGUUUCGAGUCUCUCUCAACCUCUGGGCAUUGCCGCGUACCACAUGUCAACACAGCCACUCAAAAUGGGAAUACCUCCCAGCACAGUACCAGUGACCAACCCAUGUUCCAGUAACCCGUGUAGUGACAUGUGUCUGCUGUCCCCUAACAAACCUGGCUACACCUGUGCCUGUCCCAUCGCACACAAGCUGGACGCACUCGGCAAGAGAUGUGUUGAGACGGAUAACACUGUGCUAUUGUACAUGACCCAGAGUCAGAUUGCCGGACUGACGAUAGACAAAGCAGAAUCGAAUGGGGUCGUUCCAAUCAGCUCCAUCCCCAACGGGCUCGACUUUGAUUUUGAUAGCAAGGAGCAGAUGAUUUAUUAUGUUCAGAAACAAAAUGGAAGUCUAAGACGAAUUCAGCUGAACGGUCAGAAUGUGUCCGAGUUUGUCCCGACAGCGAUAGUGGGAACCCCGACAGCCGUCGCCAUUGAUUGGGUGUCACGCAACAUCUACUGGGCCAACGCUGAGGCCGGCUUCAUUGAGGUCAUGAGACUGGACGGCAAACAGCACUACCGCAAGGUGUUGCUAAGCAACACAGGGAAAGACACCGGCAUUGGUUAUCCAUUAUCCAUUUGUCUUGAUCCAAUUAAAGGGAAGCUGUACUGGUCGGACCGUGGUUCGCGUGGGUUGACGAUGAAGAUUGCAUCCAUGAACCUGGACGGUACCGACCCCAAGGUUCUCGUCAACGCCGGGAUACGAAACCCCGUCUACCUGGCCUGCGAUACCAAGAACAAUAUGUUGUUCUGGGCCGACAGGUUCUACCAGAGGAUUGAUCGUUAUUCUAUUGAUACGGGCUCCAAAUCAACCGUGGUUGAAAACCUGAGCAGUCCGAGUGGAUUGGCUGUUUAUAACAACCGCCUGUAUUAUGCUGACACGGACUAUGAACGGAUAACAGUUAUUGACAUUCCUGGACGCAACAACAAAAAACAUUUGAGGACGAACAUCCAAGGUCUCCGGGCUCUCAAGGUUUACUAUGAAAGACACAAGAAAGGUAUUCAGGUGAACGGGUGCUCCAAGAACUACGGAGGGUGUGACCAGCUCUGUCUGCCGAGGAGUCCCAAUGGAGACAGGGCGUGUGACUGUGGGACAGGCUUCACCCGCUUCAAGAAUGGAACCUGUCACGCUAUCAGUUCAUUUGUAGUUGUGUCUCAGUUCGAAAUGAUUCGAGGUUUCGGGUUGACCAGCAGUGAUUCCGUUGAGGCCAUGGUUCCGAUUGCUGGGAAAGGUAGAGCUGCUGGCCAAAUCGAUGUCCAUGUGAAGGAAGGUCUCAUCUACUGGACUGACCUGAUAGUGAAGAAGAAGAACAGAAAGCAGCAGCUAGGAGGAAUAAGCAGGAUUAAACCAGAUGGGACUGGUUUUGAGGAAAUUAUAACUUAUGGCAUCGGUAAAAAUGGAAUUCACGGUGUCGCAAUAGAUUGGAUUGCAGAAAAUAUGUAUUUUACAAAUGCAUUUGCAAUGGAGACAUUCGUAGAGGUAGCCAGACUGAACGGCACCCAUCGUCGCGUGAUUGCUCGAAAGUUUCAAGCUUCGCUUAAAGGCAUUGCUGUCAAUCCUAUUAAAAGAUAUCUUUACUGGAUGGAUUCGGGCCAGCAGCCAAAGAUCGAGAGAUCGAACCUGGACGGCAGUAAGCAGGUGGUGAUUGUCGUGAACGGCAUCAGCUACCCGCGAGACCUGGUCGUCGACAUCACCACUCACCGCCUGUUCUGGGUCGACUCCGUCGUGGAUCAAGUACAGAGUGUGUCGUUCAGUGGAGGAGAUCGACAGGUCAUCCGAUCCAACCUGCCCAGUCCGUUUGGUAUUGCUGUGUUUGGAGAAUACAUCUACUGGGUGGAUAAAAACCUCAAGAAGAUGUUUCGAUCAAAGAAAGUGGCUUCCGUCGGUGUCCCUGAGUUGGUGAAGUCGAACCUAGAUAACCUACAGGAUGUGGCUGUGUUUGAUAAAACAGUUCAGCCGCAAAGUUCCAGCCCAUGUUCGGUGGAUAACGGUGGGUGUCAGCAGCUGUGUUUCGCUUUACCCGACUCGGAGACACCCGUCUGUGCGUGCUCUGCUGGAGAUCUCGCUAAAGAUGGAAAAACAUGUCAUCCUCGUAAUGAAUUCUUAAUCCUCGCUGCUGAAACUGAAAUUCGCAGCCUUUCUCUGGACCCCAGCGAUGGCUCUCUGCCGAUUCCGACUAUAACCGGUUUACACGGUGCUGUGGCCGUUGAUUUUGACUCUGUCGAUAACUACAUCUACUUCAGUCAGGUCGGGCAGAAGAAGAUAAGUCGGGUAAAGAAAGGGGAGACAACUGUAGAGGAUCUCAUAUCACAGGGCAAUUCAAGCCGCCGGGGUGCUCAGCUAGGGGACAUAACCUCUGUGGAGGGCGUGGCGGUGGACUGGGUGGCGAAGAAAAUCUACUGGGCUGAUCUGUACAAACGUCGAAUUUACAGCAUGAACCUCAACCAGACAAACAAGGUGGCACUAGCGGUUGUAGGAAGUCCCCGGGCCGUUGCGAUCGAUCCAUGCAGAGGAGAUCGUAUAGAAAGAUCGAACUUUGAUGGGAACUAUCGAGAGGUUGUGAUCGACACCACAGUUCACCCAUUCUCCAUGGCCAUCUACAAACACUACAUCUUCUGGACCGACUGGACACUCAGGGGAGUGUUCCGAGCGGACAAGAACACUGGCUCCAACAUGCGUGUGAUGAUCCAGGGUCUCGCCACCAGACCGAUGGGGCUCACUGUGUAUGCUGCAGAUGUACAGAAAUGUGACGUUAAUCCAUGUGAGAAAUUCAACGGAGGGUGCAGUCACAGCUGCCACCCCGCCCCGGGUGGGGGACCGGAAUGUGCCUGCGAUGACGACAGCGACCUUGUGAUCGGUAACGACGGUAAGAUGUGCGUGCCAAAGAACAACAAUUGCUCGUCUAGCGAGUUCGUCUGUAAGAACGGCCGCUGUCUCAUCCACCGCUGGGUGUGUGACAUGGACGAUGACUGCCAGGAUGCCACCGAUGAGGAUCCCAAUAUGUGUGCUCUGCACACGUGUGAUCCGACCUACUUCCGGUGUGACAAUGGUCGCUGUAUUCCACUUCGGUACAGAUGUGACUUUGACAAUGAUUGCCGCGACAAUUCCGAUGAAUUAGAUUGCCCGUACCCAACUUGCGGCCCAGAUCAGUUCACGUGUCAGAAUUCUCGCUGUAUCAGUGCCUCUCAAGUUUGUGACGGAGUUGAUAAUUGUCGGGACGGGAACAAGACGGAUGAAACCACGUGUCCACCGAGGACGUGCCCAUCCGGCCAGGUAAAGUGUCCCACUACGAACAUCUGCAUUGUCCGUCGCUACAUGUGUGAUGGCGACAACGACUGUGGUGAUAACUCGGACGAGAACCCCAUGUUCUGCCAGCAAGUGUCAUGUGCACCGGGAGAUUUCCACUGCUCCAAGAGUCACAAGUGUAUUCCGGGGACAUGGCACUGCGAUGGAGAUGACGACUGUGGUUUCGGUGAAGACGAAUCAGAUUACUGUGGUACAGGUAACCGGACGUGUUUUGGAAACCAGUUCACGUGCGACAACGGCCACUGCAUUGCGAUGCGCUGGGUGUGUGAUGCAUCGGACGACUGCGGCGACAACUCGGACGAAGCGGCACACCUCAAUUGUGGCAACACCACAUGCCCGCCGGACAAGUUCACAUGUGAGUCGAACACGCGGGCCGGCACAUACCCAUGUCUGGAGCGGCGCCAGGUCUGCGACGGUGUUCGUAACUGUCAGGGUGGCGAAGACGAGGCUCAGAACUGUCCACCCAGGUCGUGCCGACCCAGCCAGUUCCGGUGUACCAACGGACAGUGCAUCUCACAGCGCUUCAAGUGUGACCAUGACGACGACUGCGGGGAUAACUCCGAUGAACCGGAUGACUGCAACUAUCGGUCUUGCUCAAAUGGCCAGUUUACGUGUGACAACCAGCGCUGCGUGCCACAGAGAUGGGUCUGUGAUGGGGAUAACGACUGUCGGGACAACUCCGAUGAAAAAGAAACCAUGUGUCUGACACCCGACCCAACGUGUCCCGGGAAUGAGUUCCGAUGUGACAAUGGAGAAUGUAUUCCCUACCGAUUUGUCUGUAACAAGAAUGCGGACUGCUCAGAUAACUCGGACGAAGCUCACUGUAAUGUGAAUGAGUGUGACCCGUCUCAUAUCGCCCAGUGUCAGCACGAAUGUGUCGACACGCUGACGAGUUUCCUCUGUGAGUGUAAUGACGGCUAUAGACUGAUGUCAGACCGACAGUCCUGUCGAGACAUCGACGAGUGUACGGAGAAGCCGGGAACAUGCAGCCAGCUGUGUGAGAACGUGGUCGGCAGCUACAUAUGUAAGUGUGCCGACGGCUACCACAAGAUGCUGGAUGGCAGGACCUGCAAGAAGACUGACAACAUUACCCCAUGGUUGAUCUUUGCUAACCGUUACUACAUUAGAGAGCUGUCUAUAGAGGGAGAUAACUACCGCCGGAUCACCCAGGGUUACCAGAACAUUGUGGCGCUGGACUUUGACUACAAGGAGCAGCAUCUGUAUUUCUCGGACGUCAAACAGCACCAGAUCUACAGAAUGUUCCUCAACGGAACCGGACGUGAGACUGUCGUACGACACAACGUACCGAGUGCUGAGGGUAUCGCCAUUGACUGGAUUGGACGGAAGAUGUAUUGGGUGGACGGACAGAAGACUUCGAUAUAUGUCUCGGAGCUGAACGGAACAAACCGUCGCACUAUACUGGAUAAAGGGUUGCAGAAACCGAGAGCUCUGAUUGUUGAUCCAUAUGAUGGCUACUUGUACUGGACUGACUGGGGAACAAAGCCGUACAUCGGUCGCAUCGGCAUGGAUGGCAGCAAUGUCUCUCUCGGCUACAUCACCAAGAAGCUGGGCUGGCCCAACGCACUCACCAUUGACUACGACAUCCAGCGAUUGUGGUGGGCAGAUGCUCAUCUCGACACGAUAGAAUCUAUCAACCUGGAUGGCUCUAAUCGCCAGACGGUACUAGAGAACUGUCCUCACCCGUUCUCCAUGUCGAUAUUCGAAGAGACGCUGUACUGGACUGACUGGAACCACCUCACACUGGAAUACGCCAACAAGUUCACGGGCAAGAACCACACCAUUCUGCGCAACGUCACGCACCGCCCCAUGGACAUCCAGGUGUACCACCCGCUCAGACAGAAACCAGCUCCAAACCCAUGUGGAACAAACAAUGGCGGAUGUUCUCACCUGUGCCUGCUGUCACCUAGCAACGCCAGCUACAUCUGCUCAUGUCCUGAUUUCUUUGUCCUGACGCCGGACCAGAGAACCUGCAUUGCCAACUGCAGCAAUACGCAGUUCCGCUGCGGCAUCACGGAUGACAGGUGCAUUCCGUUGCUAUGGAAAUGUGACGGCGAGAGGGAUUGCCUUGAUGGCAAGGAUGAACCAGAAGAUUGUCCGAAAUCGAGCUGUCCCAUGGGCCAGUUCCAGUGUAAGAAUCGUAACUGUACAUAUUCGUUCCGCGUCUGUGACCUCGUCGACGACUGCGGGGAUGGAUCGGAUGAACUCAACUGCGAAAGUCGGCCAUGCGAGGCAUGGCAGUUUAAGUGUGGCAACAACAAGUGUGUCCCGCGGCAGUGGCACUGCGAUGGAGAGAAUGACUGUGGGGAUGGAUCUGAUGAAGUUGGUUGUGGUAAUCACACAUGCGGCACAAAACAAUUCCAGUGCGACAAUGGCCGAUGUAUUCCAGCAUCGUGGAAAUGUGACUUUGACGACGAUUGUGGUGACAAGUCAGACGAAAAGGAAGAAUUUGACUGUGAGUCACGCCCAUGCCCUGUUGGGUGGUGGAAGUGUGAAACCAACUACCGCUGUGUUCCGAACUUCGCCCGUUGUGAUGGCGAUGACGAUUGCCGUGACAACUCUGAUGAGAAGGAAGAAAACUGUCCCGUGUGUCACCCGACGGGAGACUUCAAGUGUAAGAACCGCCGCUGUAUCCCCAAACGUUGGCAGUGCGACUUCGACGAUGACUGCGGUGACAACAGUGAUGAAGAAAUCGGCACCUGCAAAUCGCUGUAUCGUCAGUGUUCAGAGUCCGAGUUUCGGUGUAAGAACGAGAAGUGUAUUCAGGGUCAGUGGCGAUGUGACCAUGACAACGACUGCGGUGAUGGCUCUGAUGAAGACCCUUCAAUCUGCACCAAAUAUCACAACUGCACCAUGGAUGAGUUUGCGUGUGGAAGUGGUUACUGUAUUCGACGGAGAAACCUCUGUGACGGGCAAAGGGAUUGUCUGGAUGCGUCUGAUGAAGAAAAAUGCCCUCCACGAUUCCCAAAAGGACGUUUUUGUCCUCCAGGCAAAUAUCAGUGCAAAAAUCAUAUUUGCAUCUCCAAGAACUAUCAGUGCGAUGGUGAUGACGAUUGUGGCGAUAACUCUGACGAGAGUCCGAACGUCUGUGCAUCCGUCGACUGUCAGUCGAGCGACAAGUUCCGCUGUAACAACUUCAAGUGUAUUCCGCGGUGGCGCGUGUGUGACCAGGUCGACAACUGCGGGGACGGAUCAGACGAAAGCUCCACUGUUUGCACCACCAAGCCCCUGGUUUGCAGCAGUGACCAGUUUAAGUGUGUCAAUGGUCUGUGCAUAGACGGAAACAAGGUCUGCGACAACGUUGUCGACUGUGCUGAUCAGUCAGAUGAAACCGGUUGCCACAAGAGUUCCGGCCCCAGUAACUGUGGUGAUAACAACGGUGGGUGUGAACACCAGUGUCAGAACUUAACAUCAGGAGGCUAUUACUGUUCAUGUAAUUCAGGCUUUACAGUGUCACAGUCAGACAGGAAAUCUUGUGAUGACAUAGACGAGUGUGUGAGAUGGGGUAACUACUGCCCUCAGCUGUGUCAGAACGUGAAGGGAUCAUUCAAGUGUCAGUGCGCGGACGGCUUCGUCGACAGUCAGAGGAAGGGAACACUGUGCAAGGCCAUAGAUAGAAACAUGAUUGUGUUCAUAGCAAUGGGCCAUGAGAUCCGUCAGUAUCGCACGAAGUCUAAGGAAUACACAGACGUGAUCGUGUCGGGUCAGCGAGCCCAUGCACUCGACGUGGACGCUGAGAGAAGAUUUCUGUACUGGACCGACACCUCGGUGAGACGGAUCUACCGUGCGGCCAUCCCGAGAGACGCCAAGCUCUCUGGAUUCCCUCAGGAUCUACAGAUCUCUGGACUACAGCAACCGGAAGGAUUGUCCGUCGAUUGGGUGGCUAAAAACAUCUACUGGACCGAUGCUCGGAAAAAGACUAUUUCUGUAUCCAAUGGCGAUGGGAGAUACCAGCUGACACUGAUUAAUACUGAGCUGGAUCACCCGUCAGGAAUAGCUGUGAAUCCAAGACUUGGAUACAUGUUCUGGACUGAUAUCAGUGGACUGCGACCGAAGAUAGAGCGGUCGUGGAUGAACGGUGACGAGCGGAAAGUGCUGGUGUCGACUCGACUCGGCCAGCCGACCGGAAUAACGAUAGACUUCUACAUGGGAGAUCGGAUCUACUGGAGCGACGCCAAGGAGAACAUCAUAGAGUCAAUGAAACCAGACGGAACCAACAGGGUCGUUGUGUUCACUCAGAAUGUCUUCAACCCCAUCAGUGUUGACGUGUUUGAGGGGAAACUGUUCUGGGUGUCGCAGCAGAUGGGUCAGCUGAUCACUGCGGACAAGUUUGGCCGCAGGGUCAACAAGACUCUACAGACUGGGCUCGUGCUACCGAGCGGUAUGAAGGUCUUCCAUGUCAGCCGAUACGACCUCGCAGUUAAGAAUCCUUGUAUCAAGUCUUCGUGCAGCCAUCUCUGCUUGCUGGUUCCCAACGGGUAUCGGUGUGCCUGUCCCGAUGGUACGGCCUUUGAGGACCCCAGCCGCACGCUGUGUGCAGCAGCUGAAGAGGUUGAGAAGCCGAUACCGAUCGAGUGUAAAUGUAGAAAUGGAGGAACGUGUACCAAGACAUCUGACUCGAAUACAGUUAGCUGUGACUGUCCUCCAGGUUACCUGGGUGAAUUUUGUGAAAGUGCUCAGGUGCAGAUGUUACCAAGUGAGACCAAUGUUCUGGCGAUCGCUCUUCCGCUGGUUAUCCUGGCCGCUCUUGUAGUCUUCGUCACCGUGUCGUUUCUAAUUAUCAGGAGAAAGGGGAUCGAUUUGAAUUUUCCCCGAAUAAUAAGGAAGAAGUUAUCUGACGCUGACCCGAAGACCCAGGGAGUGGUAUUGUACAGAGACGGGGAGGACGUCAAGCUGGGAAUGCCUUCAGGGACAUACACGUCCGCUGGGGAUCCGUCGGAAGGCAUCAGCAGUCUUUCAGACCCGAUGUGCCCAACCAACUUCUGUAACCCAAUGUACGACACAAUGCACGCCCAGGAAACACUGACGCUCCCAACCAGCGUGACAACACCGAAACCGGCCUCCGAGGUCGUACACACCAGCUCACAUGAAAACAAUCACAUUUACUCUGGGCCUGACAUUCGGAUUGCGCCACGUUCCCUCGAUCCCACCGACGAUGUGGAGCAUGAUACAGCUGGCUUGGUUCGACAAGGCUCGCUUUAAUAGUUAUUGUGUCUUUAACAACAUUGUUGUUUUGUUGUGUUGGUUUUUUUGGUCAUAUAUUUGUAUGGACACCGUGCCUUUAAUAACAGUAUCACAGAAUUGCAGAUUUGUUGAAUUUAAAGUCACUGACCCUGGUUAUUAGUGUAAAAUAUGUUUCACUUAUUGCUGCUGUUUUUAACCAUCAGGCAGAUCCAGGAAAUAUUUAGGAGGGGGGACUAAGGGGAAAUGGGUGAAUGGACCUACUCGUGAAAGGGCAACCCAAUUAAUAGUUUUUAAAGCCAGAAAAAAAAAAAGAGGCAGAAAGGUCCCCUCCCUAAAAUAUUUACCAGAUUGGACCUUGAAUCCAGGGUUUGUGGCUUUAAUGGAUAAGUUCAUCUUAAGUGUAUACUCUAGGAAGCUAUUGGUUGUGAGGUGCUAGAAAGGGGGUCUUCCAUAAUAGUGCUCAUCUCCUUACUUCAACCGUCUUUUUAACAGUAGGGUGCCUUUAAUCUUUAAUAGGGUUUUUAGUACUUUUACCAACACUGUGCCUUAAUAGAGCUCAUCUCCUUACUUCAACCGUCUUUUUAACAGUAGGGUGCCUUUAAUCUUUAAUAGGGUUUUUAGUAGUUUUACCAACACUGUGCCUUAAUAGAGCUCAUCUCCUUACUUCAACCGUCUUUUUAACAGUAGGGUGCCUUUAAUCUUUAACAGGGUUUUUAGUAGUUUUACCAACACUGUGCCUUUAAUCUUUAAUAGGGUUUUUAGUAGUUUUACCAACACUGUGCCUUAAUAGAGCUCAUCUCCUUACUUCAACCGUCGUUUUAACAGUAGGGUGCCUUUAAUCUUUAACAGGGUUUUUAGUAGUUUUACCAACACUGUGCCUUAAUAGAGCUCAUCUCCUUACUUCAACCGUCUUUUUAACAGUAGGGUGCCUUUAAUCUUUAAUAGGGUUUUUAGUAGUUUUACCAACACUGUGCCUUAAUAGAGCUCAUCUCCUUACUUCAACCGUCUUUUUAACAGUAGGGUGCCUUUAAUCUUUAAUAGGGUUUUUAGUAGUUUUACCAACACUGUGCCUUAAUAGAGCUCAUCUCCUUACUUCAACCGUCUUUUUAACAGUAGGGUGCCUUUAAUCUUUAACAGGGUUUUUAGUAUUUUUACCAACACUGUGCCUUAAUAGAGCUCAUCUCCUUACUUCAACCGUCGUUUUAACAGUAGGGUGCCUUUAAUCUUUAACAGGGUUUUUUAGUAGUUUUACCAACACUGUGCCUUAAUAGAGCUCAUCUCCUUACUUCAACCGUCUUUUUAACAGUAGGGUGCCUUUAAUCUUUAAUAGGGUUUUUAGUAGUUUUACCAACACUGUGCCUUAAUAGAGCUCAUCUCCUUACUUCAACCGUCGUUUUAACAGUAGGGUGCCUUUAAUCUUUAAUAGGGUUUUUAGUAGUUUUACCAACACUGUGCCUUAAUAGAGCUCAUCUCCUUACUUCAACCGUCUUUUUAACAGUAGGGUGCCUUUAAUCUUUAACAGGGUUUUUAGUACUUUUACCAACACUGUGCCUUAAACAGUUAAAACAAAAUGCACAUUUUUAUCAUACAUAUCAAUCUUAAAUGUCGUCAAACCUUCUAUAGCGGCCACCUCUAAUAGGCAGCCACCUGUGUUAAGAGGCCAAAUUUUUUAGUCUCCCAAAUCAUCUAAUAUAUUACUGACCUGUAUUAUUGGCUAUGAUUAAUACUCCCUGCUUAACAGAGUUUUAAUUACAUACUCUAGGAAAAUAAGCUUUAACAGUAUCGGAUAUUUAAUUCAGGCAACUGAACAUUUGAUUCCCUAGAUAACAACUCUGGCAAUUAACCCUGGAACUCAGCAAUGUUGGGGAGAUAGCGCUGUGUUUUUAAUUUUCCAUGAUAUUUAUUUUGCCAUAAAAUAAUAAUUCAGUUUUGUGUAUCACUUUUCUUCAUUUUGUUUUCUUCUCUUUUUUUAAAAUUUGUUUUUGUAGUACAGAAUCUUUCACACAAACAGCAAAACUGUCAUGGAAAAUUUCUUCGAGACAGCAUAUAUUUUUGCUAUGAUAAUUUUUUUUAAUUGCCAGGGUUUGAUAUAAAACAAAAUCACAUAAACUUUCUUUGAAAUAUUGUCCCCUCUUUAUAUUUGACCAAUGUUAUUCAUUUAUCAAAACCAGAGUUUAAGCUAACCCUAAAAAAAAGAGUAAUUUAAUAUUAGCAGUUUGGCGAAUAUGGUAAUAAACAAAUUUAUACUCACCUGGACCAUGAAAAAUAAGUAACACGGCUCUUUUAGUUCAGGAGUGCAAUGUUUUGUCAAGCUGGAGUGUUACCAUAUGUUUGGGUUUUUUGUAACCGCACCUGUGUACAUGAAAAAAAUGCCAUUACUGAUUCUUUAUUAUCGACCCUCUCCUCUUUUUUACUACUCUAGGAUAGGCACGCCCUUGGUGUACUGUGAAUUCACAGCCGGCCUCAUCGUUUGUAUAAUGUGUGUUGGAUCUGUAAAUAUAUACCUUGUAGGAAUCACGUAUAUUUGCAUUCUUGGAGCGGUUCACGUACGUUACCCAUUCAUUAACUGUAUACACUCAUGCCAUGAAAACUUGCCAAAGACAUAAUAUUUCUUUGUUUUUGUAUAUUGUGUAUCACUGUACAUAGAAAUAAAAAAAUAAAAAUGUUCAUAAAUUUCA